AUGUCGGAUUUGGAUCCCGAGCUCUAUACGGUGGCAUGGUUCGCCCCUCUAGAGAUCGAGGCACAAGCUGCCUUGCAUAUGCUGGAUAAUAGACAUCAGGGGCGAUUUCCGAUGGGUCCCGGUGACGACUAUGUGUUCCAAGCUGGGGACAUGUGCGGACAUAAUGUCAUCAUUGCAACCCUUCCUGCAGGCCAAGAAUAUGGUAAAGGAUCUGCUGCCGCCAUCGCCAGCCAGGUGAAGAAGUUCUUUCCUAACCUAUGGUUUGGAUUGUUGGUUGGUGUUGCUGCCGGCCUCCCCAACCUCUCGCGAAGUCCGCCGCUUGACAUCCGUCUUGGCGACGUUCUUGUGGGCCUUCCUACUAAUGAGAGCGCCGGACUCGUGGACUAUGAGUUGGGUAAAGAGACAGGGAAGGACGGAUUUCAGCUCUUGCGCUGCGGGCGGGUCUUGGCACCUCCCGAAACCGUUGUGAGGGCGGCGAUCGGCAGUAUUAAGCUCUCAGCACCGAAUGAUGCGAAGAUGAUCCUUCCAAAUUACGAGAGGAUUCGAAACAAAAAACAUUCCCAUGGCACAUUUAUGGACCCGGGCCAAGAGCAAGAUGUACUAUACCAAGUUGACGAUGACGGUAACGAGAUUCGUGUGGAACGAGAAAGACGAUCAAACGACGAGCGUGUUCGACUGUGGUAUGGUACUAUAGGUUCCGGGGACAAGCUGAUGAAGAAUGCUCGAAUACGGAAUGAGCUGAGAGACAAGUACAACUUCAUCGGCCUCGAGAUGGAGGCGGCGGGGACCAUGAACCGCAUUCCCGUUGGCGUCAUUCGAGGGGUCUGUGACUAUGGGGAUGAACACAAGAAUAAGCACUGGCAGCCAUAUGCAGCGGCCAUGGCUGCUGCCUAUGCUAGGGCUAUCUUGUUCGAGAUCCGGCCCAGAACUAAGCUAAGUGAUCCAGUGGCUCCACGGAAUGUGGCACCUCGGGCGACGAUCAUGGACGACAAAGGCAAGAAGCGCAGGUUCGACGAAGAACAUCCUGCCUCAAUGAGGAAUAGUGGACGCAAGAAGCGCCGUGGCAACAAAAAUCUUGCCAAGGCCAGCAGCAGCAAUGCAGGAGGCGCUCAGUCUAUCUCCAGCGGACAGGGAAUUCAAAUGUCUGGUGGGAGCUUCUCAGCCGGAGGAAACGUAACCUUAGUACAUACUAACGAAUUGACCAUGACUUGUAAUGAAUCCGUAGAUGAUCACCGAAAUAGCAAUGUGCGGUAUUUCAGAUCCCGUAAUGUUAGCAGCAACUUCACUGGUCGCGUCGACGUGUUGAGGAAGAUCGAGAAUGCUCUGUUAGCUCCAUUGAGAAAUGGAUCCCAUUCACAACAAAACAGAUUUUGGGGAGUUUUUUGGGUAGACGCCACUAGCACCGAAACUGCGGAACAGUCCUUCAAGGAUAUCGCGAAGAUUGGCGGACUCCCAGAAGUUUUCGAGAACGGAAGGCUUUGGCUUUCUAGUCGAACUGAGGAAUGGCUUCUUAUAGUCGACAACGCCGACGAUCCAUCGACGGAUAUUGCAAACUACUUUCCACCGGGCAACAGAGGCAGCGUGUUGAUAACGAGCAGGAAUCCAGAUUGCAGGGUAUAUGGAAGCCAACAUGAACACAGUCAUCGGCUUAAUGAGUUGGAGAUGGAAGACAGCAUAACCCUGCUACUAAGAACAGCUCUCAAGGAUGUGAAGGACCGAAGCAACCGUUUGCAGGCGGGACUAAUUGCAAAGGAAUUAGGAUGCCUCGCCCUCGCUGUUGUCCAAGCCGGCGCAGCGAUUCGCAAAGAUCGCUGCCGCCUAGAAGACUACCUCAACGUCUAUGAGCGAAACCGGGAGGAGCUGAUGAAAAACCACCCUGGGCAGGGUAUGGAUGGGUACCAACAUACCGUUUACACGACUUGGGAAAUCUCUCGCCAGAUGAUUGAACGCCUUGAUUCCAAGUCCUCUUCGGACGCAAUGGACCUCUUGGAUAUUUCCGCCUUCCUGUACUUCGAAGAUAUUCCAGAAUUGAUCUUCCAGCAGGCGCCAAAACAAGAGCAAAAACACAGCCGAUUCAUGAGUUGGAUUACUUGGGCGAAAUCCAACCCGAAACCGUCUCCUGAUCGAGACCAGGAUUGGGACGAGCUUCUCAAUGCACCGUCUAGUGCAUUCAUGGUCGCGAAAUCGGUUAAGUGCGCAAGCCCAACAGUUGUGCAGACGCUCUGCGGCCUCUAUGCUGGAAAAUUCAAUCAGUUGGAGACGAGAAAGAUACCUGGGAAGAAGAGGGAUCCAGCGCUCGAACCAAGCCAGUACCAACGAGCCGCCAAAUUUGGGCUCGUAUUCAGCGACAGCGGGAAGUAUACUCCUGCAGAAGAACUAUACCGGAUCGCUUUGACGGAGAUGGAGAAAAUUCUGGGUAGAGAACAUCCGGAAACGUUGCAAACUCUUGAUAGCUUGGCAUCAGUGUUGCGAAACCAAGGUAAGUACAAGGACGCUUUCAAGGCGAGCGAGCGCGCGUUGCGAUGCAGGGAAAGGAAACUUGGAAACAUGCACCAGGAUACGCUCAAAACUCUCGACCACAUGGCUUUGGCGUUACAGGGUCAGGGGAACUACAAAGAAGCCGAAAUCCAACACAAAGACGUAUUGGACAGAAAAGAGAAGCUGCUCGGGAAAGAGCAUGUGGAUACUCUUGAAAGUCUCAACAACCUUGCUCUCACCCUACGAAGCGAAGGACAAUACGCGGCAGCUGCAGAGAUGGCGAGCCGAGCAUUGGCUGCUAGGGAGAAGGUACUCGGAGAAGAGCACCCGGAUACAAUGGAAAGUUUGAAUAAUCUAGCCACGGUGCUCGAGGACCAAGCACAAUAUCAAGCCGCGGAGGAAAUGCAUAGAGUGGCACUUGAUCGAAGACAGAGGUUGCUUGGAAAUGAGCACCCAGAUACGCUGACGAGCAUGAGCCGACUGGCUUAUGUCCUUCGAAAGCAAGGCAAACACGGAGCUUCCGAACAGAUGACUCGACAGACGCUAGAGGGAAGAAAUAAGGCUCUUGGUCCGUUGCAUCCGGAUACGCUAGCAAGCGAAAGCUAUUUGGCAGGAUUGUUUCAGGACCAAAACAACUAUGAGGCUGCCGAACAGAUGAACCGGCAUGCCCUAGGGGGCUACGAGCAGGGAUUAGGGGAGCUCCACCCAGACACCUUGACCGUCAUGAGCAACCUUGCAACCGCCUUUCGGAUGCAAGCGAAAUACGGCCCAGCCGAGGAGAUGAAUCGGCAGGUACUGGCUAAAAGGGAGCUAGCACUAGGAAAGGACCAUCCCGACACACUCAUGAGCGUAAAUAAUCUAGGAGAAGUUCUGCAGGCGCAGAAGAAAUACCAGGAAGCCGAAGAGUUGCAUCGCCGAGCUCUGCAGGCGAAAGAAGCAUCCGAAGAUAUUGGUCCGUGGCAUCCAGACACGAUUGCAAGCAUGCUGAAUUUGGCAUGGACGUUACAACUUCAGGAGAAAUACGACGAAGCUGAAGAGUUAAACCGAGGAGCAUUUUCAUCUUCUGAACGCAAACUUGGCCCAGCAGACCGCCUGACAUUGAAAAGCGCGUUCCAUCUCGGGUUCUUGCUCCAUCGUCGAAAGAAGUAUGUCGAGGCACACCAUCGUUAUCAGCAGGCAUGGGAUGGCUAUAAGAACGAACAGAGCCGGGAGGCUUCUGUGUGCCUCAAACAUUUCAAGAACUUAAGCGCAGAAAUGAGUGAUCUUGGUAUCGUUGGGUCUCUUCAGGAUCACACUGACUGGCGUAGCUUUUCAACUCAAAGCGACGGUAUCCUCUACAGGGAAACAGUACCUCAAGGGUCCGAGGUCUCAGAUAGGUAUCCUGGCACGGCCAACUCCGAGCCUGGUCGCCCUAGCAAGGAAAGACGUCGCGGCUCGGCAUCUUCAGACAAGCCCGGAAACUCUAAGGCAAAGAAAUAA